AUGGAAGAUCCUAAUACUAGAAUGUCCAAACACCGUAAAAUUGCGGUUAUGGGUGCGAGAAAUGUUGGUAAAAGCUCACUAACUGUUCAGUUCGUUGAGUCACGGUUUGUCGAAUCCUACUAUCCUACCAUCGAGAACCAAUUCACCAAGCAGGUGGUACUAGGGAAAACCGCUUACACUCUCGAAAUAUGCGACACAGCCGGUCAGGACGAAUUUUCGCUCAUCAACACGAAAUCGCUGAUGGGAGUUAAGGGCGUAGCGAUCGUAUACAGCUGUGUGAAUCGGGCAAGCUUCGAAAUUGUGGAGUUGAUACGUGACAAGAUCCUAGACCAGCUGGGUCUUGAUAAUGUUCCAACAGUAAUAGUUGCCAAUAAGAUAGACCUUAGGGACUCUGGGAUAAAUGGCGGCAGGGUUGACUCUCGUGAGGGAGCGGAGCUGGCAGCGCGCCUCGGAGCGGGCUUCGUGGAAUGCAGUGCCAAGCUGAAUAUAGGCGUUGAAGACGCCGUACUCCAGCUACUCAAGCGCAUUGAGGGCAUCGAUGGCGACCUUUCAGACGCAUCCAAAUGCAGUAUCAUGUGA